UUUGGAAAUCCUUUCUUAGAAGAUUGUCCUAAAUUGAUCGCCUUAGAUACGCGCAAUUGUGCUGAUGAAUCUGUUGUGCACACUGUGCGAACUAUCGGGGAAAUCGGAAUUAGGCAGUACAAGAAAUAUGUGUCUUCUGUCAUCGAUAAUAGAACAGCGGCUUUACAUGACGCACUAUCCAGAAAUUCAUUGACACUGUUCCAACGGCAACAUCCAAAGCAGGUAUGCAAAGCGGUACAAACGCUUACAGUCGUGACAAGUGACCACUCCUUGUUCAGUUGUCUUUACAUCGGAAGGCAGCAGCGAGAUUGAGACCUCAAUGAGUUCUUUAUUCUUGAAAACCAGUUGUACCCUCCGGCGUUGUCCGAGUUUGGCAAUUUACGCUCUACUGAGAAGUCUGAUCUGAUUGAAUGCUUGACUAAAGGGAUUACACAGAAUUUGCCACCAGAAUCAUAUGCCGUCAAGGUGUUUCACAGAGCUGCAUUUGUGCAUGCACUGCCAGUGUCAUCCGUUUCAACGUUCGAUGAGUAUGCAAAGGCUGUAUUCAUGCCAUUUGUUAUCGGCGCGUUAAGCAACACUUCAAAAACGGACAUUGUAUGGGAUUACUACCGACCAGAGAGCUUGAAAGACGUUACUCGUCGAAAGAGAGGGAAAGGAGUAAGAAAGAAGGUGGCGGGACACGUA